AUGAAGACAAUCGGUGUUGCCGGGAAGGUUAACGUCAGUGCCCUUAUGACCCACCUCUUUGCCAACUAUCACGAUGACAUCAGACCGGUUUGUGACGGUAACAAACCGAUCGAAGUACGAAUUGGAUUGGCUCUCCGACAGAUUAUCGAGUUGAAUGAACCAAAACAACUUCUGCAGAUAAAUGCAUGGUUGAGAUGGAGUUGGGAAGACUGUAAUCUGAUGUGGAAUGCUUCGGAAUUUGAUUCCAUUGACAACCUCAUCGUCCCAGUCACCAAAGUUUGGAUUCCUGAUAUUACCUUGUAUGACAAUGCCGGAAGUACUGUCGAAGGAGUGAAGGAUUACAGACUUAGCAUCGGAUCGUCUGGCUCAAUGGCGUACAACUUCCCAACCGUCAUCACCAGUCUUUGUCAGGUUGAUGUCACCUACUUUCCUUUCGAUACUCAGACAUGCUCACUUACAUUUGGUUCCUGGGCGUAUCAUGGGUUACAGCUCAACAUCACGAACCGAUCAGUAUCGGGAGAUCUGACGUCAUUUGUGAGCAACGUUGAAUGGGAUGUGAAGGCAAUCAAUAUUGUUCGUCACGUGAUCUACUAUGGAUGCUGCCCGGAACCCUACCCGGAUGUGACGUUUCGCAUUGUCCUGGACAGGAAGCCGCUGUUUUACUUGCUGAACUUGAUGUUUCCGUGUAUGCUAAUAACAUCAGUGGCAUGUUUAGGUUUUCUGCUCCCCCCGGACUCUGGAGAGAAAGUUUCCCUGGAAAUCACAGUCCUCCUGUCUCUUGCUGUUUUCCUUCUCGUCGUAUCUGAGACGUUACCGCCUUCAUCGGAAUCUUUCCCUUAUAUAGGUGUCUACUUCCUGUGUGCCAUGUUCUUGGUAUCCGUUUCCUGUCUGAUGACUGUCGUUGUACUCAAUCUCCACUACAAAGGCAAUCAUGGAAAAGAGAUUCCGAAAAUCGUCCGACAUAUAUUCUUCGAUGUUCUUGGGAAAUUGGUCAGGGUCAAAACACCCCAGAAGUCCAAUGCAUCCGUCUCGCCCUCUCCGACAACGCCAAAGAUAAUUGAAGUCCAAGCCUUCGAUUUCGAAAGGAAGACUAAUGGCCUUGAGAAUGUAAAACAAAAUAGAAAGAAGUCGGAUGACACUACUAUGUAUGAAAAUAAUAAAAACUCAAUAUCUACUGACUCCGAUUCCAUUCUGAAUGCUAGUGAGUUUAUUCACAUACUGAGAAAGCAGUUGGACUCGCUGUCGAAGAUUGAGCGGUUCAUGCGAGAUCACAGCAAAUGGGAGGAAAAUGUGGCUGAGUGGCAGCUUUUAGGCCAAGUCGUGGACAGGAUCUUCCUGAUCUUCUUUAUACUCAUCAGUUUCAUCACCACCAUAACGAUAUUUGUCCAAACGUCAUCUAAUUGACGCUAUUUCUCUGUCGUCAAAACAACAUCUUUUCAGUUCUCGCCAUUACUUCUGGGACGUUAUGCUGUACUAGAGAAAACAAGCGUAUCACUGGCAUCUGUGUGAAAGACUGUAAAAUAGCAUACCAUAAAAAUUACAUACAGUAUGUAUUUAUAAAGCUAAAUUGUGAUGUCCGGUGCCAUGUGUAGCAUGAUAUGAGGAAUUGCGUAAAUACUCAUAUCGAGUAAAGUGAUCUAUAAAUCUACUGUGUGAAUAUUUAUCCCCCGCACUGUGAACUAUAAAUAGACCGUGUGAAUAUUUAUCCCCCGCACUGUUUACUAUGAAUAGACCGUGUGAAUAUGUAUCCCCCGCACUGUGAACUAUAAAUAGACCGUGUGAAUAUUUAUCCCCCGCACUGUGAACUAUAAAUAGACCGUGUAAAUAUUUAUCCCCCGUACUGUGAUCUUUAUAUAAACUUAUUGUGUGAAUAUCUACCGUGUGAAUAAUCCUCUCGCGUACGUGAUCUAUAAAUCUACCGUGUGAAUAGUUAUCGUACUGUGAUCUAUAAAUCUACCGUGUGAAUAAUCAUUUCGAGUACCGUGAUAUAUAAACUUACUGUGUGAAUAUUCAUCUCGCGUACUGUUCACACAAAUCUGAAAAUAAGUAUAAGUGUUAGAUGACAAUAAUUAUAAGAGAAUUCACACAAAUUUCACUGAGUAAAGAAGAUGAUGUUUCCAAGUACAAAGCGAAAUAUGAUAAUUCUCCAAAUUGUGCUGCUGUUUUAUACAUUACCCAUUUAACAGCUUGGGAUCGGAACUCUAGAAUUAAUUAUUAUUUUACAAUUAUGAGCAGUUAUUAAUUAUCUUAUUAGUUAUCAGAAGUUGAUUUACCUGUGCAAUUUACCCGUACACCAUUUCUGCAAUAGACUAUAACUCACUAUCAUCACAACUGGCCACCUACGUAAACAUGUGGUUUUAAGCAGAGUUGGUGUUCAGGGAAGACCCCCUUAAAUCUACCGUGUGAAUAUUCAUCUUGUGUACCCUGAUCUAUAAUUUUACCUCGUGAAUUUUGAUUCGUGUACCUUGAUCUGUGAAUUUACCUUGUGCAUAUUCAUCUCUUGUACUAUGAUCUUAAAUCUACCGUGCAAAAAUUCAACUCGCGUAGCGUGAUUUAUGAAUUUACCGCGUGAGUAUGUCUGUCGCGUAGCGUAAUUUAUUAAUUGACUGUGUGAGUACUUCUGUCGCGUAGCGUGAUUUAUGAAUUUACCGUGUGAAAAGUCAUCUCGCUGUGUUACCCGACAUCAUAGUUAGAAAAUAGACAAAUGGAAUCACGUCCAGGGUGUUACCCACUAGUCGGUAACGAAAAAUGUUUACCAACUCCUUGCAGAUUUAUCCAAUGAGUCGGGAGUGAAAAACCCUACAGUGGUUGUGGGAAAAUAAGUUUUCUUUUGUUGGUUAAGAUUAUGAACACUACUUUGAUUAGGCGUCAAUAGAAAUGGCGACAUAGUUCACACUACUUUGAAAAUAAACCGGUUUGAAGAGUUGCCCAGACGAUAUGAAUGCACUGUUCGAAGGUUAUUUGUUAAGAACGUACUUGUUUUAAAAUAUAUAUAGCGCAUACGUUGACCAAGUAUUUAAUUUUAUCAAUAGUUGUAUAUAGCAUGCCAGAAUACAAUAAUUUCUUGAUGAGCAGCUCUCUCAAUUAACGCGUUUUUAAUUAGCACAAAAAUCGCAAAUACAUUGUUAUCGCUACAACACGCACGUUUAGAGUAAGCUAGAUAAAAACUGGCCAUCACACAUUUCUGUUGUAUGAAUUGUCCGUUUGUUAUCAUGAACUCCUAAGGUAUUGGGUAAUCAUCUGCGUAUAAACAAAGCAAACGUGCUGUAAGUAAUAGCAAUAUAAUUUGUAUCAAAUCGUUUUGUAAAUAAA